CUGAGCGGAGAGAGGGAGAACGAGUCCUUGCCUGCCGGCCGGGAGGCCCCAGAGCCGGCCCAUGGGGAGCGGGUGCCCGCCGGCCACGACGACCGCCGCCGCCUGCGCCGCGCCCAUCCUGUGAAGCCCAGGAACCCCUCUGGGAGAGCCCCAUGAGGGCAGGAGAGUGAUGGAGAGUAUGCCCAGCUUCCUGAAGGAGACCCCAGCCUGGGAGAAGACAGCCCUUGAGAACAGCAACGUGGGACAGGAGCUGGACACUCAGCUGCGAGAGAGCCUACGCCGUGGGGCACUGUGCCUAGGAGAGCCUCCUCCCUUCUGGAGGGGGUUCCUGAGUACCCCAGACUCCUGGCUUCCCCCUGGCUUCCCCCAGAGCCCCAAGGACACACUCCCACUGGUGGAGGGCGAAGGCCCCCAGAAUGGGGAGAGGAAGGCCAGCUGGCCGGGCAGCAAGGAGGGGCUGCGCUGGAAGGAGGCAGUGCUCACCCAUCCCCUGGCAUUCUGUGGGUCUGUGUACCCACCUCGCUAUGGCUCCCUGAUCCCUGAGCAUAGCGGUGGCCAUUCCAAGAGUGACCCUGUGGCCUUCCGGCCCUUGCACUGCCCCUUCUUUCUGGAGACCAAGAUCCUGGAGCAAGCCCCCUUCUGGGUGCCCACCUGCUUGCCACCCCACCUAGUGUCCAGCCUGCCACCAGAGCGUCCAUGUGACUGGCCCCUUGCCACACACCCCUGGGUGUACUCGGGGGGCCAGCCCAAACUGCCCUCUGCCUUCAGCUUAGGCAGCAAGGGCUUUUACCACAAGGAUCCAAGCAUUCUCAGGCUGGCAAAGGAGCCGAUGCCAAGCACAGAAUCUGGGUUGUUUGGCUUAGCCCCUGGUGGGCAUCUCCAGAGAACUGGGGAGGUGGAGCGCCCUUCACUCCACCAGAGGGAUGGAGAGACAGGAGUCGGCAGGCAUCAGAAUCUUUGCCCACUUCUUCUGGGGCAUCCAGACGCUAUUCCCAGGACCCCCUGGCCCACUUGUCCCCCAGGCCUCGUUCAUACUCUUGGCAAUGUCUGGGCUGUCCCAGGGGGUGGGAGCCUUGGGUACCAGCUGCAGCCAUCAACCACGUCAAGGUGUCCCUCUCCUGGGCCUCCUACCACCCAAGUGGGCUGUUGUUCAUCUCCCCUACCCGCUAGAGAUAGAGGUCUUGGCCCUUGUGGGAAGUGCCAGGAGGGCCUAGAGGCAGGCACCAGUGGGCCUAGUGAAUCCAGCGAGGAAGCCAACAGGGCCCCUGGCUCCAGGGCCUGCCCGCCCAGCCAUCACACCAAGCUGAAGAAGACAUGGCUCACGCGACACUCUGAGCAGUUUGGGUGCCCAGGCCGCUUCCCUGGGGAUGAGGAGCGCCCAGCUGCCCAACUGCGGGCCCUCAAGAGGGCAAGCAGCCCUGAGGUCCGGGGAGCAGUGGGCGGCCCAGCCGCCAAGCGACCCCCUGACCGUUUCCCAGGCAGUGCCAGGCAGGGGGACAGAAGCUGGCAGGAGGUGCUGGACUCAUCAUUUGGGAACAAGGCAGAGGCAGAACAGCAUGAUGACUGCAGAGGACCCCGAGAUGGCAAGACCAGCCUCCAGGACCCAGGGCUUCAGGAAACACCUUGCUCGGCUCCCCCGGCAGGCAUUGCUCAGUGCCAAAGCUGUACCCAGGCAGCUGGAGAGGCAGGAGGGCUGGCCUGCCACUCCCAGCAAGCACCGAGAUUGCCUCUGGGAGGGGAGCAGCAGCAGGAGGAAGACUCGGCAGCCAGCUCUGAGGAGGGCAGAGGGUCUGGCCUGGAGGCCCAGCUCAGCAUAGGCCUUGCCAAGCACCUGCUAAGUGGUUUGGGGGACCGAUUGUGCCGCCUGCUGCGGAGGGAGAGAGAGGCCCUGGCCUGGGCACAGCGGGAAGCAGGCCAGGGGCCGGUCGGGACAGAGGACAACCCAGGCAUUCCGCACUGUUGCAACCGCUGCCACCACGGACUCUUCAACACCCACUGGAGAUGCCCCCACUGCAGCCACCGGCUGUGUGUGGCCUGUGGUCGCAUGGCGGGCGCUGGUAGGGCCAGGGAGAAAGCAGGCUCUCAGGAGCAGUCCACGGAGGGGUGUGCCCAGGAGGCUGGGCACAGGGCCUGUUCCCUGAUGCUCACGCAGUUUGUCUCCAGCCAGACUUUGGCAGAAUUGAGCACCGCAAUGCACCAGGCCUGGGUCAAGUUUGACAUCCGGGGACACUGCCCCUGCCAAGCUGAUGCCCGGGUGUGGGCCCCUGGGGAUGGGGGACAGCAGAAGGAGCUGACAGAGAAAACUCCCCCAACUCCACAACCUUCCUGCAACGGGGAUGCCAGCAGGACCAAGGACAUCAAAGCGGAGACCCCAGACUCCACAGAUACCUCAGCAGAGGACCGUGCUGGCCGAGGGCCCCUGCCUUGUCCCUCGCUCUGUGAACUGCUGGCCUCCACUGCUGUCAAGCUCUGCUUGGGGCACGAGCGGAUACACAUGGCCUUUGCCCCCGUCACUCCAGCCCUGCCCAGUGAUGACCGUAUCACCAACAUCCUGGACAGCAUCAUUGCGCAGGUAGUGGAACGCAAGAUCCAGGAGAAAGCUCUGGGGCCGGGGCUGCGGGCUGGACCAAGCCUGCGCAAGGGCCUGGGCCUGCCCCUCUCCCCCGUGCGGCCCCGGCUGCCUCCCCCCGGGGCUUUACUGUGGCUGCAGGAGCCCAGGCCUCGGCGUGGCUUCCACCUCUUCCAGGAGCACUGGAGGCAGGGUCAGCCUGUGUUGGUGUCAGGGAUUCAGAGGACAUUGCAAGUCAACCUGUGGGGGACGGAAGCUCUUGGGGCACUUGGAGGCCAGGUGCAGGCGCUGACCCCCCUCGGGCCUCCCCAGCCCACAAGCCUAGGCAGCACAGCAUUCUGGGAGGGAUUCUCUCGGCCUGAGGUUCGCCCACAGUCAGACGAGGGCUCCGUCCUCCUGCUACGCACAACUCUGGGGGAUGAGGACACCAGCAGGGUGGAGAACCUGGCCGCCAGCCUGCCACUUCCAGAGUACUGUGCCCACCAUGGGAAACUCAACCUGGCUUCCUACCUCCCCCCGGGCCCUGCCCUGCGUGCACUGGAGCCCCAGCUGUGGGCAGCCUAUGGUGUGAGCCCACACCGUGGGCACCUAGGGACCAAGAACCUCUGUGUAGAGGUGACUGACCUGGUCAGUGUCCUGGUGCGUGCUGAAGCCCCACUGCCUGCCUGGCACCGGGCACAGAAAGACUUCCUCUCAGGCUUGGACGGAGAGGGCCUCUGGUCUCCAGGCAGCCAGGUCAGCACUGUGUGGCACGUGUUCCGGGCACAGGACGCCCAGCGCAUCCGCCGCUUUCUCCAUAUGGUGUGCCCGGCCGGCGCAGGCACCCUGGAGCCUGGCACCCCGGGCAGCUGCUACCUGGACGCAGGACUGCGGCGGCGCCUGCGGGAGGAGUGGGGCGUGAGUUGCUGGACCCUGCUACAGGCCCCUGGAGAGGCUGUGCUGGUGCCUGCGGGGGCUCCCCACCAGGUACAGGGCCUGGUAAGCACAGUGAACGUCACUCAGCACUUCCUGUCCCCCGAGACCUCUGCCCUCUCUGCUCAGCUCUGCCACCAGGGACCCAGCCUGCCCCCUGACUGCCGCCUGCUUUAUGCCCAGAUGGACUGGGCUGUGUUCCAAGCAGUGAAGGUGGCUGUGAGAACAUUACAGGAGGCUAAAUAGGGGAUGCCAGGUGCCUGGGGUAGGGGUAGGGCUGGUAGGCCAAGUGCUCAGCCCAGGCACAGCUUUAGCAGGGACUGAUGCUGGGGGACGUGGGGACUUUUGGUGAAUCCCACAAGCAUCACUCUGGGCACAAGCAGGGCACCCCAUUCCCCUCCCCUGACCUGGGCUCUAAAGCCAACAGCCACAGUGCCACCACAGCUCGCUGCCCUGCACAGGCUAGUGCCUGCUCCACCCCUGCACCCUUCUCCACGGUACCAAACCCACACUGGGGAUGGUUGACUCCCUCCAGCCCUUGUCCCCAACCCAGGAGACAAACAGCCCUUCCUUAUGGGACCUCGGGAAUCAUUCUGGUUUAAGCAACACCUUCUGCUGCCUCAUCCUCUGCCAUCCCAUCUCUGACUCAAGCUCUGCUUGCACCACCCACAUCCUUACUGCAGGCGUGCUGGACAAGGGGCUGCCGAAAUCCUGCCCUCUUUCCAGAGAGCUGUGAAGUGUGGGGAGGGGUGGCAUCAGGGGACUGCCCGGGCUUGGCUGGAGGGGAUGAUAUAGGCGAUGCCUUAUCUCUGCUCCCUCCUCUUGCCACCCUCCUUCAUCAUUUCCAUUAAAGUCUGUUGUUUUGUGAAUGCUGCCAGUGUGGUUGGCCCUGCUUCUGCAGGCCCCAUGGAUUGGGGAGGGAGGAGAGACAUGGAAAUGGAGAGUAUGGAUGGGUGCUGGGGCCGGGGUGACAGGGACCUCAAACACCCCACCUGCUCUUCUUCUGGAGGGCCUGGGUCCCUGCCACCCACUGAGCAGCAGAUGGAGCCUUCCAGGGGGCUGCCCCUGAAGAUGCUCUUGACAGCGACAGCAGGCAAGGCAGAGCCCUGGGGCGCAGCAGUGAGGUGGCCUCCCUGCGCAGCGUGGGCUGCAGAGAUCUGGAGCCCCAACCCUUCCCUGCAAACUCCAAGCCACUCCCUCUCUCCUGUCUGACCUGACCUGGAGCUCCCGGAGUGUGGCCCAGGAGACCUUGCCCAGCUGUCUGCUCUUGGUGCCCCAGGCCCACCACCCUGCCCUGGACUGAGCCUGCUGCCCAACCGCUGACUGCCCCUCCCCACCCCCAGGCCCUCUGAUGCGGCUCUGCCCGCUUCCCUGCCCUUAUCCAUCUCAAGCCCAGCAUGCCCCUACUCUUGUUAUACCCAAUUGUUGCUGUGGUGGUUCACAGGAUUUUUUUACGAAAUAAAAUUUUUUUAUUAUAAGUGUAAUAUACUUUCAGAACAUUUAGAAAAUAAGAAAAAGUCACCUGUAAGCCCACCUCCACUCACCCCCAACCCAACCACAAUCAGUAUCUUGGUGUACUUCCUUCUAGCGUUUUCUCCAAGGAUCUGACUUACGCACAGUUGAGCUGGUGUGUUUGUACUCGGUUCUUCCUUUAACACUGUGUUGUGAUCAUUUUCUGUGUUGCUACCUGACCUUCAUUUUAAAUGGCUGCUUAUGUUCCAUAAGUGGCUUCCCUGUGAUUUAUGUAACUAUCCCUUAUUAAAAAUUAGGUUUCUUCA